AUGGCAGAAAGACCAGAAGACUUAAAUCUACCUAAUGCUGUGGUUGCACGGAUAAUUAAAGAUGCUAUUCCAGAAGGUGUGAAUGUGUCCAAAGAGGCAAGAUUGGCUAUUUCCAAAGCUGCCAGUGUGUUUGUGCUCUACGCAACCUCCUGUUCCAACAAUUUUGCCUUGAAGAACAAAAGAAAGACUGUCACAGCUCAGGAUAUUCUGAGUGCUAUGGAAGACAUGGAGUUUGAACAGUUCAUUGAACCUCUUCAGCAGUGCCAGGAAGCUUUUCGGGCAGAGAAGUUGGAGAAGAAGAAGGACAAAGCUCACAAACCGACACCUGCAGUUCAGCAGACGGAGGACGAUGGCGAUAAUGUUGAGGAAGCCAGCGACAACGAAGGUGAAGAUGGCGGUGGCGGGCGGAAAAAAGACGACACGCAUCAGUCAGAUGACGACAAUGAAGAUUACGUCAUCACAGUUAACAAUGACUUGGACAGUGCAAGUAGCCCAGAAAUGUUAGAUUCUGGUGACUAG